UUUGUUUCUUUCUCUUUCUUUUCGUAGCCAAUGGAUGAUGUUGUUCAAAAACCAAAUAAGGGAUUGUCGACUAUCACAGCUAAACUCAGGGACAAGUUGUCAGGAAAAUGGAUAAAUCUUAUGCGAGCUUUCAAAAAACUCGAUAAGGACAACAAAGAUUUUCUCACGCUUCAAGAAUUCCGUCACGUGUUAGAGCUGUGCAACGUGGUGCUGGAUGAGGAAGAUAUUUAUCACAUUUUAACAGAGUUUGACGAAAAGGACGGCGAUCAGAUAAGAUACACAAAGUUCUUAGACAAGAUUAAGUGACAUGUCACUACUAGCGUGCCACACUUGUGUGUACUAUCAGCAAAUAAUUAUUUGUACAGUUUUAAAAUUAGAACUUGUUACAAGAUUGUAUAAAUGUGAAACGUCGGCUAAAGAGAGCAAGAAAUACUGUGGUCCAUAUUAAUGUUCUCGACUGGAACUACAAUGGACGUCAAGAGUGUUGAGACACUUGGCAGUGAAAUUCGAUUUCCGUGCGUCUUGGACAAAUUUUCUCCCCUUCCCCCUGAAACAAUGUUGAUUUUUCUGUUUCUUAAACUGCACAGACCACAGCGCCUACACAACAUUGAAUUUGGGGACCGGGGGUAUCAGAGAAUUAAUGCUAAAUGCAAAUAAAAUAGAAUAAGUGCUUAAAUAUUUGAAUUUGAAGAGACUCCCCAGAUUAACCUCAGUUGCAUGCUAGUUCCAGUCCAACACCGAGAAUACGAAAAUGGUCUACACUGUAUCAUCAGACCUUAUCCCAAGGGAAAAAAUUAUUGCUUUUGGCGCUGGAGUCCUGCAAUUUCAUGUGAAAGUUUUCGUGCUGUAAUUGUGACACGAAACAAAACAGGUUUCGCCAAGAAUUACUGGUUGUGACUUGUUUUCUGCAGCUGUGAAGCGUUGGAUAUUGUUCGACAACUGUGAACGAUAAGAGUAGUUCACAUGGUCCGAAACUACAAGAAGGCAGUUUCGGCGCUACUACUCUUAAACCACUCCAGGUCACUCAAACAAGCAUGCGCAUUCGCGAAGAAACUUUUUAACUAUUUAAACAGAUCUCUUAUGAAUCAUAAUUUUGGUUACCCCUUAUAGAAUCAAACAAAUAGUAGUUCUAAUGAAAACUUGAAAAAUCCUUUACGGUAAAUAGGAAGCAAUAAAUCGAAAUGAUCUCGCGCCUAUGCCUUGAAUUAGUUCCAUUCAUUACUACCUUUAUAGAAAACUAUUUCAAAGCAGGACGUUUCACUUGCAAUCUAACCGUGUCAUUUACAUUUAUUAAAUUCAUUGUUAACGUUUAUAUUAAAAUUCCAUUUUAGUUGCA